AUGUCAAAACAAAGAAGAAUUCUGAAUGAAGUUGCUGAAGCCAACAAGAACAAUCAUCCAAAGAUCAAAUUUGAAAUUUCCCAAGAGAAUUUACAUGGUUGGAAUUGUUCAUUUAAAGGUCCAGAUAACACUCCCUAUCAAGAUUUGCAAUUUGAAGGAACUCUCUGUCUUCCAAAUGAUUUUCCUUCAUCAAGACCAACCUUUGUAUUCUCUUCCAAAACAAUUCCAUACCACAUCAAUGUAGACGAUAGUGGUGUAGCUUCUGUCUCUUUGCAAUGGACUCCCACACUCACAGGAAUAGUUUUUGUCGAAAGUGUAAUUAACAUGUUAGAAACUCCACAACCAACUUGUUCUAAUUUCAUGUUGAGAUCUCAAAAUGAUUCAUCUGAAUUCAUUACAAAGUUGUUACAAAUCAUAAAGCUCGAAAAGAACCAUGAUUUAUCAUUCAUGGAUGGAGAAUUAGAAACAAGAAUUAGUUGUACAAAUUGUGGAGAUAUAGAUCAGUACGUUUCUCCAUUUAUUGGGCAAAAAGUUUGCGUUCCCUAUUCACAACCAUUGAAUUCUUUACUUGAAAGCUUUUUCUUGGUUAGUGAGCCUUGUAGUCAAUGCUCUGGAACAUUUAGUACCUCUCAAUUCUUUAAGGGGACAAUUCCACACUGGUUAUUAUUUCAAUUCUACUAUACAGAAGCAUCGACAAGAGUUGAACUUGAUGAGAAUGAAUUAGUUUGCUCUCUUUCAGUCAAAGAGGGUGAAUGUGCAGAGUAUGAUAUUAAGGCAAUGACUCUUCGUUGUGGAGGAGAUCUUAAAUAUGGACAUUAUGUCAGUGCUGUUUUUUUCAACAAGGGUGUUAGAUUUUUGGAUGGAAUAUUCGGGUUGGCAAAUCAAAGACAUUCUUCUUGA